AGGAAGCAGCUUGUGUUCCCCUGCCAGUCACACCUCACUUCCGGCCUGUGCGUUCCAUCACACCUACGGCCUCUGCGGUCCACACACAGGAAGAGAGUUUUUUUUUUCUUUCGCGGCAACUUCCGGGUUUCCCUCGAGCGGGAGUCCGUCGUCCGCAAAAGCAGGAUGAGUACCUUUCUGAUAUGAAGGCCGAAGAUAUAGAGGGAGAAGAGACGUAUAUGAUUGAUAUGAAGGCAGAAGAUAUAGAGGGAGAAGAAGAGACGUAUGUGACUGAUAUGAAGGCAGAAGAUACAGAUGGAGAAGAAGAGACGUACGUGACUGAUAUGAAGGCAGAAGAUAUAGAGGGAGAAGAAGAGACGUAUGUGACUGAUAUGAAGGCAGAAGAUACAGAUGGAGAAGAAGAGACGUAUGUGAGGAGAUAUCAGAAGUGUAAGGAAGAGGAAAUCCCUACAGAUAUCAGCAGAGCAGAUGGAGGCACAAGCAGGAAUUCCUUGAAGGGAGAUCUCAUCUUGUCUGCAGAUAGUAAAAUAGAAGAUAACAUCACACAGGAUUCUCCAGGAGACAUCCCCAUUACUCUAACUACACAUCCAGUACCUGAUACUUCAUCUGAUCCCUGUAAUCGCGAUGACUGUUCAUCUAAUACCUCAGAUUUUGUUACACAUCGUGCAGCUCAUACAUGUGAUAAAAUAUUUCCAUGCUCUGAGUGUGGGAAAAGUUUUGCAAGCAAAUCACGUCUUGUUAGACAUCAAAGAAGUCACACAGGUGAGAAACCAUUUCCAUGCUCUGAGUGUGGGAAAUGUUUUCUGUGUAAAUCAGAACUUGUUAUACAUCAGAGAAGUCACACAGGUGAGAAACCAUUUCCAUGCUCUGAGUGUAAGAAAAGUUUUGCAGGCAAAUCACAUCUUGCUAGACAUCAGAGAAGUCACACAGGUGAGAAACCAUUUCCAUGCUCUGAGUGUGGAAAAUGUUUUCUGUGUAAAUCAGAACUUGUUAUACAUCAGAGAAGUCACACGGGUGAGAAACCAUUUCCAUGCUCUGAGUGUGGGAAAAGUUUUGCACACAAAUCACUUCUUGCUAGACAUCAGAGAAGGCACACAGGUGAGAAACCAUUUCCAUGCUCUGAGUGUGGGAACUGUUUUCUGUGUAAAUCAGAACUUGUUAUACAUCAGAGAAGUCACACAGGUGAGAAACCAUUUCCAUGCUCUGAGUGUGGGAAAAGUUUUGCACUCAAAUUACGUCUUGUUAGACAUCAAAGAAGUCACACAGGUGAGAAACCAUUUCCAUGCUCUGAGUGUGGGAAAAGUUUUGCACUCAAAUUACAUCUUGUUAUACAUCAGAGAAGGCACACAGGUGAGAAACCAUUUCCAUGCUCUGAGUGUGGGAACUGUUUUCUGUGUAAAUCAGAACUUGUUAUACAUCAGAGAAGUCACACAGGUGAGAAACCAUUUCCAUGCUCUGAGUGUGGGAAAAGUUUUGCAAGCAAAUCACAUCUUGCUAGACAUCAGAGAAGUCACACAGGUGAGAAACCAUUUCCAUGCUCUGAGUGUUGGAACUGUUUUCUGUGUAAAUCAGAACUUGUUAUACAUCAGAGAAGUCACACAGGUGAGAAACCAUUUCCAUGCUCUGAGUGUGGGAAAAGUUUUGCAUGCAAAUCAAAUCUUGCUAAACAUCAGAAAUCACACAGGAGUAAAGUAUCAUUCACCUUCGAGAGAAGCAAUAAAGAGUUGCACUUCUUGGAUGUAACUGUUUAUUCGAAGAAUGGUGCAUUACAGACAAAGAAUUAUAGAAAACCUACUGAUUCUAGAGCGUAUCUUCAACAUAACAGUUGCCAUCACCCAGAUUGGCUAAAAUCCAUACCAUGUGGACAGAUGCGACGUUUACGGAGAAACUGUACGGAGACUGUUACUUUCAAAGAACAAGCCAGGGAGAUGCAAAACAACUUCAUAGCAUCCGGCUACAAACUGGAGAAACGCCUGUCACACUGCCAUGUGCGGGACCCGCGCCCUCUCCCUGUGCUGAGGCCGGGGCUGGAGGAGGGGCCGGGGCUGGAGGAGGGGCCGGGGCUGGAGGAGGGGCCGGGGGCGGGGAUACGAACGUCAGUGUGGCCGGUCACUGAGGAGGAGGCAGCUUGCGUUCCCCUGCCAAUCACACCUCACUUCCGGCUUGUGCGUUUCAUCACACUUCCGGCCUCUGCGGUCCACACACAGGAAGAGAGUUUUCUUCUAUCGCGGCAACUUCCGGCUUUACCUCGAGCGGUAGUCAGUCGUCCUGCAACAGGAGGGGGAGUAUAUGAACACAGGGGUCUGUACCAGGACGUGAUGAUGGAGAAUCACCGGCCCCUCACAUCACUGGAUAGACCCAGUAACAGAGCUACCCCAGAGAGAUGUCCCCAUCCUCUGUAUUUCCAGGAUUUUACAGAGGAGAAUCACAUUAUCCCACAUGAGGAUCAGGGUGACCACCUUUCUGAUAUGAAGGCCGAAGAUAUAGAGGGAGAAGAAGAGACGUAUAUGAUUGAUAUGAAGGCAGAAGAUAUAGAGGGAGAAGAAGAGACGUAUGUGACUGAUAUGAAGGCAGAAGAUAUAGAGGGAGAAGAAGAGACGUAUGUGACUGAUAUGAAGGCAGAAGAUAUAGAGGGAGAAGAAGAGACGUAUGUGAUUGAUAUGAAGGCAGAAGAUAUAGAGGGAGAAGAAGAGACGUAUGUGAUGGAUAUGAAGGCAGAAGAUAUAGAGGGAGAAGAAGAGACGUAUGUGACUGAUAUGAAGGCAGAAGAUAUAGAGGGAGAAGAGACGCAUGUGACUGAUAUGAAGGCAGAAGAUACAGAUGGAGAAGGAGAGACGUAUGUGACUGAUAUGAAGGCAGAAGAUAUAGAGGGAGAAGAAGAGACGUAUGUGACUGAUAUGAAGGCCGAAGAUAUAGAGGGAGAAGGAGAGACGUAUGUGACUGAUACGAAGGCAGAAGAUACAGAUGGAGAAGAAGAGACGUAUGUGAGGAAAGAUCAGAAGUGUAAGGAAGAGGAAAUCCCUACAGAUAUCCGCAGAGCAGAUGGAGGCACAAGCAGGAAUUCCUUGGAGGGAGAUCUCAUCUUGUCUGCAGAAAGUAAAAUAGAAGAUAACAUCACACAGGAUGCUCCAGGAGACAUCCCCAUUACUCUAACUAUACAUCCAGUACCUGAUACUUCAUCUGAUCCCACUAAUCGCGAUGACUGUUCAUCUAAUACCUCAGAUUUUGUUACACAUCGUGCAGCUCAUACAUAUGAUAAAAUAUUUCCAUGCUCUGAGUGUGGGAAAAGUUUUGCAUUCAAAUCACAUCUUGUUAUACAUCAGAAAAGUCACACAGGUGAGAAACCAUUUCCAUGCUCUGAGUGUGGGAAAAGUUUUGCACUCAAAGCACAGCUUGUUAAACAUCAGAAAAUUCACACAGGUGAGAAACAAUUUCCAUGCUCUGAGUGUGGGAAAUGUUUUCUGUAUAAAUCAGAACUUGUUAUACAUCAGAGAUGUCACACAGGUGAGAAACCAUUUCCAUGCUCUGAGUGUGGGAAAUGUUUUCUGUGUAAAUCAGAACUUGUUAGACAUCACAGAACUCACACAGGUGAAAAACCAUUUCCAUGCUCUGAGUGUGAGAAAUGUUUUCCAUUCAAAUCACUGCUUGCUAGACAUCAGAGAAGUCACACAGGUGAGAAUACAUUUCCAUGCUCUGAGUGUGGGAAAUGUUUUCUGUGUAAAUCACAGCUUGUUAGACAUCAGAUGAGUCACACAGGUGAGAAACCAUUUCCAUGCUCUGAGUGUGGGAAAUAUUUUCUAUGUAAAUCAGAACUUGUUAGACAUCACAGAACUCACACAGGUGAGAAACCAUUUCCAUGCUCUGAAUGUGGGAAAAGUUUUGCACUCAAAGCACAGCUUGUUAAACAUCAGAAAAUUCACACAGGUGAGAAACCAUUUCCAUGCUCUGAGUGUGGGAAAAGUUUUGCAGGCAAAUCACAGCUUGUCAUACAUCAGAGACAUCACACAGGUGAGAAACCAUUUCCAUGCACUGAGUGUGGGAAAUGUUUUCUGUGUAAAUCAGAACUUGUUAUACAUCAGAGAUGUCACACAGGUGAGAAACCAUUUCCAUGCUCUGAGUGUGGGAAAAGUUUUGCUUUCAAAUCACAUCUUGUUAUACAUCAGAGAAGUCACACAGGUGAGAAACCAUUUCCAUGCUCUGAGUGUGGGAAAAGUUUUGCAGGCAAAUCACAGCUUGUUAUACAUCAGAGACAUCACACAGGUGAGAAACCAUUUCCAUGCUCUGAGUGUGGGAAAAGUUUUCUGUGUAAAUCAUAUCUUGCUAGACAUCAGAGACAUCACACAGGUGAGACACCAUAUCCAUGCUCUCAGUGUGGGAAAAGUUUUACAUUCAAAUCACAGCUUGUAAAACAUCAGACAUCACACAGGUGAGAAACCAUUUCCAUGCUCUAAGUGUUGGAAAAGUUUUGCACGCAAAUCGUAUCUAGUUAAACAUCAGAUAUCACACAGGAGUAAAGCAUUACCAUGAGAUGAUACAGAACAGGGUUGUAGCAACACUCCAGUGACACUUUAAGUUACCCAUCUACAUAUAAUUGGAAGGCGUGUCAUUAAUAUAAGACUGGAAAUGAUCAGUCAGAUGAAACUUACUAAUUCUAUAUACUCCCAUAUUUCUCAUACGUCCUAGAGGAUGCUGGGGUCCACUUCAUGACCAUGGGGUAUAG